AUGCGAGACCUAGGGAAUUUCACAAUCCCUUGCUUAAUUGGUGGAAUGUACAUUGGACAUGCCUCAUGUGAUCUUGGAGCUAGCAUAAAUCUCAUGCCACAAUCCAUUUUCAAAAAACUGGAAAUCGGAGAAACUUCGCGCACUAUAGUCACCGUUCAAUUAGCAGAUCGAUCUCUAGUACAGCCAGAAGGCAAUCUCGAGGAUGUGCUUGUCAAGGUGGAUAAGUUCAUUCUUCCUACAGAUUUCAUUAUAUUAGACUAUGAAACAGAUAAAGAUGUCCCUAUCAUUUUAGGACGACCAUUCCUAUCUAUAGGAAGAACUCAGAUUGAUGUACAUAAGGGGGAAAUUACGAUGCACAUCAAUGGCCAACAAUUGAUAUUCUAUAUCUUGAAGGUGAUGAACUAUCCAGAAGAGAUUGAUGUGUAUGAGGCAGUUGCUUUGGAGGAUGAAUGGCCCUGCGAGCUUAAGUUUGAAUUUAAUGAAGAUAUGAAAUUGGAAGAUGAUACCACCGCAUUGCCUGAAUCUGUGGUGAGAGAAAUACAAAGAAAUUUCAAGCUAUUGAGUAUGGACGAAAGGGAAGGCAAGGUCAAGCCUUCACUUGAACAAUCACCAGUGUUGGAUUUAAAAGCCCUAUUUACUCACCUUAGAUACACAUUCUUUGGAUAA